UGGCGCCGUCCUUCUCGGGCCGCCUCGGCCCGGCUGCGCGCCCGGAGCCCUCGGGUUCGAGUCCGUGUCUUCACUUUGUGUCCGGGCUCCGGCCCUGGCUGGGGAGACCCCGGAACCCUGUCAAUGGCCGAGUGCUUCCUGCUUCCUAGUCCCCGCGGCGGCUUCAGAGCCAGUAGCGCGGUGCCGCUGCCUCCAUCGCCUGGGGACUCCGCUUGUGGAAACUGAGGCACACAGGGGUGGGGCAGCCGAAUGGGGAAGGAAAAGGAGUGGCAUUCUACGGAGGAUUGUGGUUGGUGUCGAAACCGGACUUGUCUGGGGCUGGGGACUAAGAAAUCGGGUACAAAGUAAGAAAAUUAAAGUUCAAGACCAUGGGAGAUACAGCAAAACCUUACUUUAUGAAGCGCACUAAAGACCGUGGAAUUACUGAUGAUGAUGAUUUCAGAAGGGGUCAUCCCCAACAAGAUUAUUUAAUAAUGGAUGAUUAUGCUAAAGGCCAUAGCAAUAAAAUGGAAAAAGGCCUUCCAAAAAAAAAGAUAGCACCCGGGAACUAUGGGAAUGCCCCCAGGAAAGGACCAUAUGCCGUUUCCAGCAAUCCCUAUGCAUUUAAAAACCCAAUUUACAGUCAGCCUGCUUGGAUGAAUGACAACCACAAAGAUCAAAAUAAGAGAUGGCUGCCUGAUGAACUUACUAGUAGUGCAGAUAGCUGGAGAGAGUUCAAGCCUGGACCUAGGAUUCCUACCAUCAGCCGGUCAAGGAAAGAAUCCUUUCAAGAAAGUGAAGAUUGCUACCGGUGGCCGGAGGGGAGAGGCUGCAGAGCAGUUAGACGGCUGUUUCAGAAGGACCUCACCAGCCUGGAAGCCAUGUCAGAAAUGGAAGCAGGAAGUCCAGAAACCAAGAAACAGCGGUCCAGACCUCGGAAGCCACGAAGGACUAGAAAUGAGGAAAGUGAGCAGGAUGGAGAGUUGGAAGGUCCUGUGAUCGAUGAGUCUGCACUUUCAACAAAGGAACUUCUGGGCUUGCAUCAGGCUGAGGAACGACUCAAGAGAGACUGCAUUGACAGGCUAAAAAGGCGACCACGAAGUUGCCCUACAGCCAAGUACACCUGCAAGCUGUGUGAUGCUCUGAUUGACUCCAUCCCAUUUGCUCAUAAGCACAUCAAGGAGAAGAGGCACAAGAAGAACCUCAAGGAAAAGCAGGAGGAAGAGCUGCUCACCACGCUGCCCCCGCCCGCGCCCUCCCAGAUCAGUGCAGUUGGCAGCGCCAUUGACAAAGUGGUGCAGGAGUUUGGUUUGCACAGUGAAAACUUGGAUCAGAGACUAGAAAUUAAGCAUGUCAUGGAAAGUGUGUUCCAGCACAAACUACCAGACUGUUCUCUUAGGCUGUAUGGAUCUUCCUGUAGCAGACUUGGCUUCAGAGACUCAGAUGUGAACAUUGAUGUUCAGUUUCCAGCAAUCAUGUCUCAGCCAGAUGUCCUCUUACUUGUUCAAGAAUGUUUAAAGAACAGUGACUCCUUCACUGAUGUUGAUGCUGACUUCCAUGCCCGGGUGCCCGUGGUACUGUGCAGAGAUAAGCAAAGUGGUCUUCUUUGUAAAGUGAGCGCAGGAAAUGAAAAUGCUUAUCUGACCACAAAGCAUUUAACGGCUCUUGGAAAACUAGAGCCGAGGCUGGUUCCUCUGGUGAUUGCAUUUAGACACUGGGCAAAGCUUUGCAGCAUCGAUCGCCCUGAAGAAGGAGGCCUGCCGCCAUAUGUGUUUGCUCUGAUGGCCGUUUUCUUUCUUCAGCAAAGGAAAGAACCUCUCUUGCCAGUUUAUCUAGGAUCAUGGAUUGAAGAAUUCUCCUUAAACAAAUUAGGGAAUUUCAGCCUUAAAGACAUUGAGAAGGACUCUGUGGUCUGGGAGUACACCGGUGACACCGCAGGAGGCGCCAGCACCACCAAAGAGGAGGCACCCGGAGAGACUGCGGCGAAGAAGGGGCAGGUUCCACUGACAUUUAAUAUAAAACACGAGCCUUCAGUGCCAGUUGGGCAACUCUGGGUGGAAUUGCUACGGUUCUAUGCUUUAGAGUUUAAUCUGGCUGAUUUAGUGAUCAGUAUUCGUGUCAAAGAAUUGAUAUCCCGGGAAUCCAAGGACUGGCCCAAAAAGCGCAUCGCUAUUGAAGACCCCUAUUCUGUUAAAAGAAAUGUGGCAAGGACCCUGAAUAACCAACCUGUGUUUGAGUAUAUACUUCAUUGUUUGAGGACAACAUACAAAUACUUCGCUCUCCCACACAGAGUUACAAAACCCAACCUCACAAAGCCUCCUGGCCCCAUUACCCAUGUUUCAGACCCAUAUAAAGAAGCAAGAAGUUGUGGCCCAAAGCUCCAAGAGGCAGAUACUGAUAAACUGGGAAAAGCAGCUGUGGCUCAAGGUCCUGGUAUUCCCACCUCAGGUUCCUGCAAGGCACAACCGCUUACUCUUAAAGAUACCACUGAACUGCUGGGAAGCCCACCAAAGGAGGAAAUAGGAAGUGUGCACAUUCAGAUACACCAGGAAAGCUCUGGCUAUGUCCAAGCAGAGGUCAGUUGCGAGGGUUGUGAGGAUGCCGCAGCACAGCAUCAAGAAACAGGAAGUGACAACAAGGAAGUCAGAAGGAAGUCCAGGCAUCUUUUGAGCUCUGAUGAUCAAGAUUUAAGCAGCAGCAAGCAUCCAGAACUUAAGAACUAUGGCAGCCUUUGUGGUCUCCAAGCAGACAACACUCUGGAGUUGGUAGGGCUCCGGAGCCCUGGCACUGAAGAGUGUGGCAGCUGUGCCUCCUCGGAUGACAAGGUUGAUAUCAAUGAAGAAAACACAGAAGGGUCUCUGAAUUGCUUCUCCCCUCUAGUCCCGGGCCAGGCAUCAGCAGUCAUGCACUUUGAUGACGACGACGACGACGAGGAUGAGGAUGAGGAUGAGGAGCCCAGGCUCAGUAUGAACCACACAGAAGAUGAGGAGGAGCUUGUUAGUGAACAUCAGGGGGAUAACAGACACAUUGGGUCAGGGGAGGAGGAUGCCCUCUCUGAAGAGGAUGACUUAGCUGAGCUUGCUAAGGGUGAAGAUCUAGAAGAGUCUGGAGAACACAUGGGUGGGACUCUGCUCAUAGACCUAAACAGAAUAAGUCUUAAUGAAAAAAGCUUUCCUGAGGAAAAUUCACCCAGGGACCAGUCGGACUUCUUCUAUGAAUUUAGAAAACUGACCUUCACCAAAGGCAAGUCUCCCACAGUUGUGUGCAGCUUGUGUAAACGAGAAGGUCAUCUAAAGAAGGACUGUCCUGAGGACUUCAAGAGAAUCCAACUGGAACCUUUGCCACCACUGACACCCAAGUUCUCAAAUAUCUUAGAUCAAGUUUGCAUCCAGUGUUACAAGGAUUUUUCUCCAACUCUUGUUGAAGAUCAGGCUCGUGAACAUAUCCGGCAAAAUCUAGAAAGUUUCAUAAAACAGGACUUUCCAGGAACUAAAUUGAGCUUGUUUGGCUCCUCCAAAAAUGGAUUUGGGUUCAAACAGAGUGACCUUGACGUCUGUAUGACAAUUAACGGACAUGAGACUGCUGAGGGGUUGGACUGUGUAAGAACUAUUGAGGAGCUGGCAAGAGUCCUCAGAAAGCAUUCAGGGUUGAGGAACAUCCUGCCCAUUACAACAGCAAAGGUGCCCAUCGUGAAGUUCUUCCACCUAAGAAGUGGGCUAGAGGUAGACAUCAGCUUGUAUAACACACUGGCUCUUCAUAACACAAGACUCUUGUCUGCAUACUCAGCCAUUGACCCCAGAGUGAAGUAUUUGUGCUACACCAUGAAAGUGUUCACAAAGAUGUGUGACAUCGGUGAUGCAUCCAGAGGCAGCUUGUCAUCCUACGCCUACACUCUUAUGGUGCUAUAUUUCCUUCAGCAAAGGUCUCCACCUGUCAUCCCUGUGCUUCAAGAGAUAUACAAAGGUGAAAAGAAACCGGAAAUACUUGUUGAUGGCUGGAAUAUUUACUUUUUUGAUCAAAUAGAUGAACUGCCCACUUGUUGGCCAGAAUAUGGAAAAAAUACAGAAUCUGUUGGGCAGCUGUGGUUGGGACUUCUCCGAUUCUAUACAGAGGAGUUUGAUUUUAAGGAGCAUGUAAUCAGCAUCAGAAGAAAAGGUCUGCUUACAACUUUUAAGAAACAGUGGACCUCAAAAUACAUCGUUAUUGAAGAUCCCUUUGAUUUGAAUCAUAAUCUUGGUGCUGGAUUAUCAAGAAAAAUGACAAAUUUUAUAAUGAAAGCUUUUAUCAAUGGUAGAAGAGUAUUUGGAAUUCCAGUCAAAGGAUUUCCAAAGGACUACCCCUCAAAAAUGGAAUACUUCUUUGAUCCGGAUGUCCUAACUGAGGGAGAACUGGCUCCGAAUGACAGGUGUUGCCGAAUUUGUGGAAAAAUUGGACACUUCAUGAAGGACUGUCCCAUGAGGAGAAAAGUGAGGCGACGGCGAGACCAGGAAGAUACCCCAAACCAAAGAUACUCUGAGAGCAAAGAAAAAAGAAGCAAAGAGGACAAAGAAAUUCAGAACAAGUACACAGAGAAGGAAGUGUCAACAAAAGAAGAUAAGCCCACACAGUGCACAGCUACGAAAUCAAAGCUGGUGAGGGCAGUUGUAGACCUGGGGCGGGAGAAGAUUCUCAGGACACCAGUGGAAAAAUGGAAGAGACAGGAUGACAAAGACUUAAGAGAAAAACGUUGUUUCAUUUGUGGAAGAGAAGGACACAUUAAAAAGGAAUGCCCACAGUUCAAAGGCUCUCCAGGUUUGUGUAAGUCAGAUUAUGUGUCUGGAUACUCUUCACCUAGCCCUUUGAGACCAGUGGCUCAGGUAACAGCCAGCCCAAACCUGAGAAGGGAGCCCUCUUCACUCUGUCCUGCCCACUCCUCUGAGUCUUCUGGAGUGCUUGGAGCUCCUGGCUGGCCUGUGUGCUUACCCUUUCUGCGCCCCAUGUACUGUGUGGCAGUGCUUUUACAUGAAGACAAAAAGAAACAAAAAACAACCAUAUUUUUGAGUCCCCAGUCAGGUGACUCCUAUGAGAGAGUUGUUUGUACCCCUCCCAGGGGUAGUGACCUACAGGUUGAGAAUCACUGCCUAAAAGGUAGCCUUUCCAGUAAAUAUCUGACUCAGGGGAAAGCCUCAGUGAAGAGGACCCAGCAAGAAUCAUGAGGGAAGGAAAUGCAGCCCUGGAAAUGGCCACUGCAGCGUCCCUACCCACUUGGAAAAUUAGGUUCACUUCACAGGACAUAGGAACACAGAUCAGGCUUAACCGUUGAGGGAGAUGUCGGAAUUUUUAAAGUUUUAAUGAAAUUGUUAAUGAGGAAAAGAAAAUUUUAAUACAGUCUUAACAUCAAUCCCCAGAGAUUUGAGGAUUUUAAUAGAAAGCUAUGAUGUAUUUAAGCCAACUUCAAAGAAAAAAAAAUAUAACUGUGAGCCAGUAUUCAAUGACUACAGCGUCAUGGUUUUUCAUUCUUUCAAAGCACACUAAAAAUAGUGUGCUGUUCACGUGGGGAGGAAUUAGUCCUCCUUUCUCUAGGCAUCCCUUUUGAUUUCCAAGAGGGGAGUCUAUCUCUUGCUGGAUCCUGGUGUGGAUGCACAUCAAAUAUGUGUGGACUAUCCUGCUGUAGUUAGGGUCUACCAGCAUUAUUCGUGGUUCUUGUAGAAGUGAUAACACAAUGCAGGCACCUAUCAGUGUAGGCCUCAGUGGACUGCAGAACCACUGACUUACUCUGGGGCUUCCUUCUCUAAGUAAAUUGACACAGAACUGUUGUGCUCAUAAAAAUGAAGUCAUGAAAACAAGUAGUCCUGUUUGCUGGUCUUAAAAAAGAAAUUUUCAAGGGGAAAAUGACAGAAUAAAAGUGCUUUUUACUUUUUAUGAUACUCAGAAAUUAGGGUGGGGAACUUUUACAAACCUGAAGAUCAAAGAGGCUGCUGUCUCUACUAGUCACAAGUUUGAUUGGCAUCCUUAUGGGUCUGACUGGAGCCCUCUCUGAACUGUUUCUCUAACUUCACAAGCCUUUCUGAAAUAGUACAUGGUCAGAACUAUGCCUCAGUUUAUUUAUCAUUUUAAAAUAAAAUCGAACUUUCAACCUGUAA